CAUAUGUUCAAUGCAGUUAGACAACUUAUAAAUCCACUAAGAAAAUCAGUUUAUUUUUCCAAACUAAAAGUAAUAAAUCACCCAAAAAAUUUAAACAAAGUGUUGAACUAUUUUUCUACAAUGACAAGUGAAAUUACAAUUGGUACUCACGACGGAUGUUUUCACUGUGAUGAAGCAUUGGCUUGUUUUAUGCUCAAGCAAUUGCCUGAGUAUAAAAAUGCAACAUACGAUCCGUCAAAACAUCGGUACGACCAUCACAUGCGAGAGUUCAAAGAAACAGCAAAUUCAGUGUUGAAGCGAGAUGAUUGUCCGUGGGACAUCAAGUUGAGCAGUGCUGGCCUGGUCUACUGUCACUUUGGCCACAGAAUUCUUAAGCAAAUGCUACCAGAAGUGAUUGAAGACGCUGACAUCCACAUCAUUUUCAAGCGCGUCUAUGAUUCGUUGAUCAAAGAAGUCGACGCUAUUGACAACGGGGUUCCGAUGUUUGACGCAGAACCCAAGUAUCGAAUCGUCACCAACUUGAGCGCAAGAGUUGCCAGGCUAAAUCCUGAAUGGAAUAGUCAAGGCUUGGAUUCUGAUGGUCAGUUUGCUAAAGCUGUAGAAUUAUGUGGAGAAGAGUUUAGGUAUUUUGUUGAAAGCUCUGCUCGUAUCUGGCUCCCGGCGCGCGAGUAUGUUCGUCAAGCUCUUGAGAAGAGAUUUGAGGUUGACCCGAGUGGUGAAAUUUUUGAGCUCCAAACGUCAGUGCCGUGGAAAGACCAUUUCUUUGAAUUAGAAAAAUCGAUGAAUAUCAGCCCUCCGAUAAAAUAUGUGAUAUUUAAAGAUAACAAAGAAUGGGCAGGCUUACGUGACGAAGAAUUGACUCGAGUUUCUGGUAUCGAUGGGUGCAUAUUUGUCCACACUGUCCGCUUCAUUGGAGGUAAUGAGACACGCGAGGGUGCCCUUGCGAUGGCACAAAAAUCAUUGAAACUAAAUCAACUGAAAAAUUCUCAAUGA